AAAACGUUUAAGCAAUAGUAGUGGACUCACUAUUCAUAAACUCGGCAAAUUCUGUAACCUGACAUCUAACGUUGUUUUCCAAGGACGCGGAGGGGGUUUUCCAGGAAAGGAUACAUAAUCGCAUCCAUUCGAACCACUGCAAGGCAAGCAAGCUACAAUUUACAACAAAGUUUACUUUGAGAUUCCUGGAUAUUCUGCAUGCAGGAGAUCCUGUGAGGUUUCUCUCUACUGACUGACUGUGUGGUGGAAGAAGGGUUGUCCUUGUGAAGAACCAGGAGGAAGGAAGGCCGUCCAGUGGAUACAUCCUGUCCUCUUCUGGAUAAGCUGUAGGCCAGUUCUACUACAGUAUAACUGCAGCAUUAUGAUGCCAGACAGACCCAUUUUACACCCGUUUCUCCUGGCGUUCUGCUGCUCAGCAUUUGCAGGUCCGUUGUCUCGUAGCCCGUGUGAGCUGCUGCCAAUAGGUGUAGGCCACCCGGUGCAGGCUCUGCUGAAGAGCUUCACGGCCCUGUCAGGCUGUGCCUCCCGUGGAACCACGGGUCUACCACAGGAGGUUCACAUCAUCAACCUGAGGGGCAGCAGCCCUGAGGGGUCAAACGGCACACAUCCAGAGGUGGAGCUGCAUCUGAAGCCCAUCCAGUCCCUGCUGGUUCACCAGAAGCCCCUGGUGUUUGUGCUAAACUCCCCCCAGCCUGUGGUCUGGGACAUCAGGACAGAGAAACUAGCCCUAGGCAUUAAACACACCUUCCAUGUAUCUGGGGGAUCUGAUGUCCACUUCCCCCCAGGGAACUUCUCCCUCCACUGUCAUGUUCAGAAGGAGGUACUUCCCCAUGGCAACGAACACCUCCUCAACUGGGCCACCAAGAAGUACAGAGCCGUUACCUCCUUCUCCGAACUCAAGAUUGCCCUGGACAUCUACAUCAAAGUGGGAGAAGACCCAGUGUUCUCCGAUACUUGCAAGAUCGACAACAAGUUCCUCUCUCUGAACUACCUUGCUGGCUACGUAGAGUCCCAGGCCUCUAAAGGCUGUGUCCUGUCUGGACCCGACCAGGACCAAGAGGUCCACAUCAUCGAGCUGCAAGCACCCAACUCUAGUAGUGCGUUCCAGGUGGAUGUGAUCGUUGAUCUGAGGCCGUUGGGGGCAGAUGUUCUGUUGCCUCGUGACAUCGUGCUGCUGCUGAAGUGUCAGAAGUCUGUCAACUGGGUCAUCAAGGCUCACAGCAUCAGCGGGAAACUAAAUGUAGUGACGCCAGAUACCAUCAGUCUGAGCCCCAACACAGAGAGGCUGAUGGAGGUGUCUAGGACCCCUAAGCACCACCUCCCGUCUGGCUCUCAGGCCCUGAUCAAGUGGGCAGAGGAUCAUGGUUACGGACCGGUCACCACCUACACCCACACACCUGUAGCUAACACCUUUAACCUGAGGCUCAGGGAGCCAGAUGUGGUGGAUCCCCUGGAUUCCAUGUUCCCUCCAGAACUCUCCAUCUUACGUGACACCAACCCCAUCCUCUCUGGUGGUCAGGGGGGUGCUUCCCCACACUCCAGUGGCCUGCCCUUCACCUUCCCCUUGCCCCCGCUCAUGGAGCAGGGCCUGCCCUACCUGUCCCUGCCCCCCUCCCUGGAAGACCGGCCUUGGCUGGGAGGGGAGCUGGGUGGGGAGCCUGAGGAGCAGCAGGGGACCCUCAGUGUUGGUCUCAGUGUUCAGUGUGAGGAGAGCAGGAUAGUGGUCUGCAUCGACCGAGAGAGUCUGCAGGCCAACGGUUACGCUAAUGUCAACCUGACUCUUCAAGACCCAGAAUGCAAAGCAACGGUCAACUCCACCCACUACACGUUGGUGACCCCAUUGGAGGGCUGUCAGACCACCAAGUACCCCAUGCACCCCGGUCCUAUGGUCCUCUACAUCAACUCAAUCCUGAUAAGUCACGAUGGGCCUAAGGAUGGGAGUGGUGUUCCCCUGGAUUACGAUGAUCUAGAGUCCGGAGACGUGACUUUCCCUGGGGAGACAGAGGCGCUGGAGAGGGCUGCUUUCCUGGAGCACACCACGGGGCCUGAUCACAGGUCCUCCAUUCUGUUCAACUGCACCUACAGGAAGAACCAGGACACUCUAGGAGGAUCAGGAUCAUCAGGAUCGUUCCCUCGUAUUGCCCCGGCAGCAAAGGAACCGCUCAGCACCGAUGUCAUGGUUAACAUGGAGCUGUACAACACCCAUCUCUUCCAUUAUCCGUCUACCCAGGCCUUCCAUACCGUCUCCAAAAAUAAACAGGUCUUCGUAGAGAUUGGAGCCUUCAAUGUCAACCCAGAUCUUGGCUUCAUGAUCCAGACUUGCUUCAUCUCUGCCAACUCAAACCCCAACAUCGCGUCAGACUAUACCCUGAUCGAGAAUAUCUGCCCUACAGACGACACCGUCAAAUACUACAGUCAGAGAGACCUACCUGUCUCCCACUCCCAGACCGACAGGAAGAGGUUCAGCUUCACCUUCAACUCACACUUCAAUGAAUCGUUGCUCUUCCUGCACUGUGAAAUGUCCGUUUGCUCUAAGAGACCCCACAAUAACCAGGGACUGGCAAUGUGUAUCCAACCGGACGAGGCUUGUACGUCUGUCAACGGAGAGAUCAUCCUAGCCAUGAUGAUGAACACCAGGACUUCUACCAAGACCCUAGUGGUGGUAGAUGAACAUGACACAGAGGAGGAGGAACCUGUUCAUCCCACCCUCACGGCCUCACAAGACCCUGUUGACCCCCUAGGGGAAAACAUCUUGUAUGUGUUGGACACUCCAACCGUGGUUGGGAUCGCCUUCGCUGCAUUUGUGAUCGGUGCCCUGUUGACCGGAGCCCUGUGGUUCAUCUACUCUCAUACAGGUGAUACAGCUGGGCAACAGCAGCCCCUGAAGCCCCAACCCCCACCCUCAGAGAACAGCAGUGCGGCCCACAGUAUUGGCAGCACACAAAGCACGCCCUGUUCAAGCAGCAGUACAGCAUAGCCCAGAGGCCAGGCCAAGGCCAUUGGACUGGAGCCCGACGGGGAGCACCCUACCCCCCUGCAGGGAUACAGGAAGGGCUACACGGGUCACAGGGAACUGGGUUUGUUGACACUUGUUUCCCCUCUGGAUGAAAGGAAUUAUUUUGGGUUGCUUUGUGAAAACAAAGAAGAAGGAUGAUUUACUAAAGAAGAAAAUAAGAAUAAAAGGAUUUUAAAAAAGGAUUUUGUAAAAUACUAAAAAACAAUAAGAACCGUUAAUGUCCCUGGUUAAUUCAAUUUAUUUCAACACAAGUCAUUAAGGCUGUGUGACAGAACUGCUGUACUACGAGGACUGGUCUGAGAGCAAAACAGUACUAGGGUUGUUCCACCAAUUCAGUGCCUUUUGAGAAGUGUAACCUGGUCCAAAAAUAGUUGAUUUCACCUAAUUUUAACAUUCUGUGAUAAAGAGCACAUGUUCAACAUUAUAAAACACACAUUUUCUAAUCUCAAGAGGUUAAAUUUAAAAAAUGACUAUAGUAAAUGCCAAAUAAAGUAAUAGGAUUUGACAUACCAGGGUUGACGAUUUCAUCUUAAUCAGGCAAAAAUUCCCUUCCUUGACAGGGGGAAUGGAAGUUUGUUGUGUGCAACAGGGAGUGACAAUUGAAUGCAAAAUAUUUAAAUUGUCAAAACAUUUCUAGACUCUCUAUUGACGAUUGAAAUGUUAUGCUCGACCCGCUUAGUUUUCCACCACAAAACACCAAAAAUAUCCUAAAAGAAUAGAACCAGCUCACCUGCUUUUCACUAUGAUUUACUUAUCGGAUGUUCAAUGUUUCUUUUGAAAAAAAUAUUUUAAAAGGAAUAGUUUGACCACAUUACUACGAGAGUUGAGUUCACGUAACAGGGUUGACCAUAAAAUGAGGGACAGACGUACUGGGGCGGCAGGGUAGCCUAGUGGUUAGAGCGUUGGACUAGUAACCAGAAGGUUGUAAGUUCAAAACCCC